AACCCAGAAUUAAAAAAAAAAAUUGUCAUUGACAUGAAGUAUUUUUCCAAAGUCUCUAUAUAGCAUACUACCCUUUAACUUUUCUUUGCUGGAAUGUUCUUGUUAUGUAACGGCGGUUGUGAACCUAGCCUGUGCUGAAGAUUUUUGGAUAGAGAACAACUCAUUUAACUCUGCCCUAAGGGGUGGCAGUAAUUUGCCUCUGAUAACGUAGUUAACCAUAAGGGAGAAGGCUCCCAGUUAAAACUUGAAUCAGACAACAACUGAAAGCUAGUUAAAAGUGGUUCUUUUAAGGCCUUUUAGAACUCUUCUGUGUAUGUGCCUUCUGUCUGCUCUCUCAGAUGAGCACUACACAGAUAGACUACAAUGACUUCAAGUGGUCCUGACUUUUGAGCUGAACAGUCUUUUUUUUCAGAAAGCUAAAUAGGGAAUGGAGAGAUUGUUUUUGUUGAUUUUCUACAUGGCCUUUUCCUUUUAGGCCCAUUAAGUUAGACCCUUAAAGCUAGUAGAGACUUUCAGCAAGUCUCUGGGUACGCACAAGUACCUGGGUUCUGAGGGCCAUGCAGAAGUUUUGUAAAUUCCUGUGAUCUGUUCAUUUUCACCUGCAAAUGCAUACUUGUCUAGGGAAAUUGUUUGCAAAAUGGGUGUCUAUAACCAAUUGCUUGACAUCUCGGAGCCCUGCCAUGUAAAGUUUUAAGUUUUUCUACUUUUUAAAUUUUCCCUGCUAACUAAACAUUGCCCAAUAGUAGCAACGAUGAGAAGAUCCAAGGUUUCCAUUAUAUUCUCUUUCCUAUCAUUUCCAAAUGAUAUGAGAAAUGAACCUCAUAUACGUUAAACAUGCCCCAGUACUGUUAAUAAAAUGUCUUUGCUUUUUGUUAAUUACCACAUAAUUCCAUAUCAAGUAUUACAGGAUAGGGAAAUCAGUCAGAGAAGGCUUCAUAGAGUAUGGCCCUGGAAGAAAUGAGUAGGAGUUCAAGAACAGAGGAAGAAUGUCGGGUAUAGGCAGGGGCUGGAUUCUGUCUUAUUUUGGAGAGAAGACUGAAGUUAUUAGGAAGUGAAGGCCUCUAGAACAGAGUCUCAAGAGCAGGCAGAGGAACUUCAUUUUAUGUGAGCUCCAAGGACUUAAAACUGGCUUGUUUUCUCAGUUGAAAGGGGCUUGAGAAUAAUAACAAACAAGUGUAUUAUUUUUAUUUCAGGUAAAAUGGAGUGACAGCUUUAGAUAUGUUAUAUAUUUAUAGGUGAAAGUGUAUUUUGGUACCUGAUCCCUGUAUCCCUUUAGCUAUAUGUAUUUUGUACAGCCCCCUGGUUUUCAGACACCCCAAAAUAGCUGAAGACUUCAAGAUAAUGACUGUAUUUUAAAAGAUUAAAUAGAAAGUAAUGCCGUAUUUCAAGAAAGUAGGAAUAAGAUGAUUUGAAUUUGAAAGAAGUUUGGAACUGCGGUCUAGCUAGUCCCUUUGCCUCCUAUUUUCCAUCCCAUGGCUCAGUUAAUUUCAGAUCUUCCUUUCAUGUUCAAAACACAUGGGGCUUUGUUUUUGCUUACCUUAAUUUUCAUUAUUGUGAGAAACUGAAUAGUUUUUCCAGUCAUCAUUGACAACACCAAAGAUAUACAAGGUUCUUUUGUGUGGCAGCUCAGAAUGAUGGAUCAAGCCAGAUCAGCAUUCUCUAGUUUGUUUGGCGGAGAACCAUUGUCAUACACCCGGUUUAGUCUGGCUCGGCAGGUAGAUGGUGAUAACAGUCAUGUGGAGAUGAAGCUAGCAGCAGAUGAAGAAGAAAAUGUUGACAGCAACACAAGGAGUAACCACAUCAGUGUCGCAAAACCAAAAAGGCUAAAUGGAUAUGUCUGCUAUGGGAUUAUUGCUGUAAUCACCUUUUUCUUGAUUGGAUUUAUGAUUGGCUACUUGGCCUAUUGUAAACGUGUAGAAUCAAAAACAGAUUGUAAGACACUGGUACCAACAGAACCUUCAGAGGCAGAAGAGACAGAAACUUUUGAAGCAGAAAACUUCCCUCAAACACCUCGCUUAUUUUGGGCAGACCUCAAAAUACUGUUGUCAAAGGGAUUGGAUACCACAGACUUCACCCGUACCAUCAAGAUGCUGAAUGACGAUUAUGCCCCUCGUGAAGCUGGAUCUCAAAAAGAUGAAAGCCUUGGUUUUUUCAUUGAAAAUCAGUUCCGUGAAUUUAAACUCAGCAAAGUCUGGCAUGAUGAACAUUUUGUUAAGAUUCAAGUCAAAGGAAGCAAUGCUGAAAACUCAGUGACCUUAGUGAAUACGGACAGCAACAGCUUGGUAUACCCAGUGGAGAGUCCUGAGGGUUACGUGGCAUACAGUAAGGCUACGACAGUUACUGGUAAACUGAUCUUUGCUAAUUUUGGCACUAAAAAAGACUUUGAGGAUUUAAAAAUGCCUGUGAAUGGAUCUCUAGUUAUUGUUAGAGCAGGGAAAAUCACUUUUGCUGAGAAGGUGGCAAAUGCUCAAAGUUUAGAUGCAAUUGGUGUCUUGAUAUACAUGGACCGGGCUAACUUUCCUAUCAUCAAUGCAGAUGUUCCAGUUUUUGGACAUGCUCAUCUAGGAACAGGUGACCCGUACACACCUGGAUUCCCUUCUUUCAAUCAUACUCAGUUUCCACCCUCUCAGUCAUCAGGAUUGCCUAACAUACCUGUGCAAACAAUUUCCAGAACUGGUGCAGAAAAGCUAUUUGGAAAUAUGGAACAAGAUUGUCCUCUUACUUGGAGAACAGACUUUCCAUGCAAACUGGUGUCCUCACCAAGUAAGAAUGUGAAGCUCACUGUGAACAAUGUGCUGAAAGAGAUAAAAAUUCUUAACAUCUUUGGAGUUAUUAAGGGCUUUGAAGAACCAGAUCGCUAUGUUAUAGUAGGGGCCCAGAGGGAUGCCUGGGGUCCUGGAGCUGCAAAGUCCAGUGUAGGAACAAGUCUCCUAUUGAACCUUGCCCAGAUACUCUCCGACAUGGUCAUAAAAGGUCAGUUUAAACCCAGCAGAAGCAUUGUCUUUGCCAGCUGGAGUGCUGGAGAUUUUGGAGCUAUUGGUGCCACUGAAUGGCUAGAGGGAUACCUUUCCUCCUUGCAUUUAAAGGCUUUCACUUAUAUUAAUCUGGAUAAAGCUGUUCUUGGUACCAGCAACUUCAAGGUUUCUGCCAGCCCACUGUUGUAUUCGCUUAUUGAGAAAAUGAUGAAAGAUGUAAAAAAUCCAGUUACUGGGCAGUCUCUGUAUCGAGACAGCAACUGGAUCAACAAAGUUGAGAAACUUUCUUUUGAUGAUGCUGCUUUCCCUUUCCUUGCAUAUUCUGGAAUCCCAGCAGUUUCUUUCUGUUUUUGUGAGGACACAGAUUACCCUUAUCUGGGUACUACCAUGGAUACCUAUGACGUCCUGAGUAAGAGCGUUCCUCAGUUGAACAGAAUGGCACGUGCAGCAGCCGAAGUGGCUGGUCAUCUUGUGAUUAAACUUACCAUUGAUUUUGAAUUGAACCUGAACUAUGAGAUGUAUAAUGACAAAAUACUUUCAUUUGUGAGGGAAAUGAACCAAUUCAGAGUUGACAUAAGGGAGAUGGGUCUGAGCCUGCAGUGGCUGUAUUCUGCUCGUGGAGACUUCUUCCGUGCUACGUCUAGACUAACAUCAGAUUAUAGGAAUGUGGAGACAAGAGACAAAUUUGUCAUGAGGGAAAUCAAUGACCGUAUCAUGAAAGUGGAAUAUCACUUCCUCUCACCCUAUGUAUCUCCGAGAGAGUCUCCAUUCCGACAUAUCUUCUGGGGCUCUGGCUCUCACACCCUGUCAGCUUUAGUAGAGCACUUAAAGCUGCGUCAGAAAAAUAGCAGUGCUUUUAAUGAAACACUAUUGAAAAAUCAGUUGGCUCUAGCAACCUGGACUAUUCAGGGAGCUGCAAAUGCCCUCUCUGGUGACAUUUGGGACAUUGACAAUGAAUUUUAAAUGUGAUACUCAUAACCUAUCAUAAGAACAUCAGGGUAAUGUGGUUUUCUAGACUUGUGCUGGUUGUGCUAAAUUUUCAGUAGGGGUACAAAACCUAAUUUGUUAUAAUUCUACCCAGUCAUCUUGGUACUACUAGAUGUCUUUAGGCAGCAGCUUUUCAUACAGGGUAGGUACUUGCACUUCAAGUUAAAGUGAAUAACCACUUAAAAAUAUUCAUGGUAGAAUAUUUUCUCCAAUUAUCUCUAGAAUUUUAAGUGCUUUGUAAUGGUAACUGCCUCUUUCCUGUUACAGUUGUGAAAAAGUCAGAACCAGUUAGGUGAACUAUUGCUCUAAAUCCUAAGAUACACACGUGAACUGGUGUCACUGGAAUUGGAGGAGGAAGGUGCUCUCUGCUGAGGGUGGAAAGUGGUAGCUCAGUGUGUCCUCCUUCUUUAUUCAGUGCUGGAAAGGAGAUACCGGGUUGUAAGGCUUUCCUCUCCACAUGAGAUCUCUGCCUUCUUUAAGAGGAUACAGGCUGGUUUCCACAUCCCCAAGCAAAACAGUUCACUUUCAGAAGAGUCGGAACUUGUUUUCUUGCCAGCGAGGGUCUGAAAUAGAGAUCCUUCAGCUGCAUAAAAUGAUGUUCAACUGUUUAGUGCAGGAGUGAGGCCUUAAUGUGUUAACCUCAAAAUUAUGAAAAGAGGAGACCAGAAGCCAAAGACCUAGUGUAUUUUCUUUUCCUCUGUUGCUUGUCCCAUAGAACUUUAUUUUGUUUUUUCCAAGGUAUUUUGAAGGAGAGCCAGUUUUUGGUGUUUAAUUUCAAACUCAGUUUGUCAGACUUUAAAGAACACACUGCCAAAUUUUGGCCAAAGUGUUAAGUUUUUGGUAAAGCUUCCUGUCAUUUUGGCACUGAGAUAUUUAUUGUUUAUUUAUCAGUGACAGAGUUCACUAUAAAUGGUGUUUUUUUUAUAGAAGAUAAUUAUCGGAAGCAGUGCCUUCCAUAAUUAUGACAGUUAUACUGUCGUUUUUUUUUUUUUAAAUAAAAGCAGCAUCUGCUAGUAAAACCCAACAGAUACUGGAAGUUUUGCAUUUAUGGUCAACACUUGAGAGUGUUAGAAAACAGCCGCAAGCCAAAUAAAAUUAUAAGCUAAGUCUUGGAGAAGAAUUAAUUAGUCAAUGCUAAUCAAAUCAGAUUUCUAUUUAGCUAACCAGAAAAAAAUGGCAGUUCUCUUAAGUGCAGUGAAUUGUGACCAACUUAUAAAUUAAUGUCACUUAAAGGCUGUGAUCAUAUGCCUAUGUGCAAAAUUUUACAGCUCAAUUUUUCCAAGGUGUAACUUUAAUUCGAAUUUUGCAAAAUUUCCAGUACCUUUGUCACAAACCUAACUCACAUUAUCGGGAGCAGUGUCUUCCAUAAUGUAUAAAGAACAAGGUAGUUUUUGCCUACCACAGUGUCUAUAUCGGAGACAGUGAUCUCCAUAUGUUACACUAAGGGUGUACGUGAUUAUCGGGAACAGUGUUUCCCAUAAUUUUCUUCAUGCAAUGACAUCUUCAAAGCUUGAAGAUCGUUAGUAUCUAACAUGUAUUCCCAGCUCCCUAUAAUUCUUUUAGUUUUAGAUGCAGAAACAUUUUGUGGUCAUUAAGCAUUUGGUGGAUAACUUCAACCACUGUAAAAUUACUUCCAGAUUCUUUGUUUUUAAGCUUAAUGUUGUGUUUUGUUAUAUUUGUGGGUUUCCCGAGUCUUCUGUUCAGCAAGAUAGUAGCAUACAUUUAUAAUGUUUGCUGUUGUCAAAUGAAUUUAACUUUACCCCCUUAUUUGCAUGUUAACCUUAUAAACCUAGUUCAUACAAGUUUGAAUUCAGAAUUGACCUUUUAGCUUCAAGCAGGGGAAACUUCUAUAGGAGUUUGGGGGGAGGAGGGAAUAAAGGGUGUAGGAAGGCAAAGCUUGCAAAAGGGUCUUUGAUCAUGUCUCCCUGUAAGUAUUUGGUUGCUGUAAGGUAAAUGUAGAUGUGAACAAAUAAGUUUGAGGCUACAUCAGUUAGGACUUUAUUUUCUAGUCAGCCAUUGUUAUAAACCUGAUCAUCAGCUGUUUGUUAAAAGGCAGUUCAAUCCUAUCACCUAAGAAGAAAUCCACUGUCUCUUAACUUACUUAAGUGACACCAAGAACCUUAAAAUAGAUCUGGAUUAUUACAGCCUCACUGAUUUGUUUCACUACUCACAGUCUAUUUUAGUCUUUAGUGUUUUAUCUUAAACUGAUAUUUAGUGUAGGUGAGUGAAAGGUCAUAGUUGGGGUUCCUGGUUUAACUGUUGUGCUUUAUCAUACUUUAAUGAAAGCUCAAUGACUUCAAGGCAUAAUAUGAAUAACGGGCAUGCAUUUUACAGCAGUAAAUCUCUUCCAAAAAACUCUUUUCUAUAGUUAGGAUCGAGAUUUUUCCAAUCAAACAAGUUGGUAAGUGGUAAAAGGCUUUAAUAUUCCUGAAUGAAAUGUAUAUUUGACUAUUACAACCUUCCAGUCUUUAGAUUUUUCUGGUUUUAGAUGUCAUGUGCAUUUCGAAGGUAAAGAAUCAAAUGAGUGAGCUUUGUCAUGAUUCAUUAUUCUAGAACUUGCAUGACCUUUACUGUUUCCUUUUGAUCUUGACAUUUUAGUUGGCUAAAGAUGGCUUAUUAGGCUUGCCAACUUACUGCUCAGCUGUAUCUUUGUAAACAAGUGAUAUGCCCUUAUAACUGUAUACAAGCUGGUAUGUGCACCAGUGUGGGAAUUCCUCAUCUAAUUUAAUAAAUCUUGAACACUGA